CCGGCGCAGAGCUGGGCCAUGGCUGCGCUGGCUCGGAGCGUGCUGGUGACGGGCUGCAGCCGCGGCAUCGGGCUGGAGCUGGUGCAGCAGCUGGCCGCCAGCCCCCGGCCCCCCCAGCACAUCUUUGCCACCUGCCGCCACCCCCAGGGCCCAGGAGGGAAGGCCCUGCAAGAAUUAGCUGCCCAGCACUCCAGCAUCAAACUGGUCCAGCUAGCUGACACAGUGAAUUUGCCCAGCAUCCAAGGGGCCGUGCGGGCUGUGGGGUAUCAUCUGAAGGACCAGGGCUUGAACCUGCUCAUCAACAAUGCAGGCAUCAGCUCCCGUGCCACACUGCACUCCCUGGACUCGCAGGAGAUGCUCAACGUGUUUGCCACCAAUGUGGUUGGGCCACUCCAGGUUGUCAAGGAAUUUCUGCCACUCCUGGAGCAGGCGGCGAAGGGCACAAGGAAGGAGGGUCUGAGCUGCAGCAGGGCUGGUGUCAUCAACAUCUCCACAAAACUGGGCUCCAUCGGGCUGUGCCUCAGGGUGCCAGAGGCCCCCAUGUACCCGUACCGGGCCAGCAAGGCUGCCCAGAACAUGGUGACGAGGUGCUUGGCUGCAGAACUCCAGGACAAGGGGAUCUUGUGUUGUGCCAUCCAUCCUGGCUGGGUGAAGACUGACAUGGGCACAGAGCAGGCACUGCUGACAGUGGAGCACAGUGUGAGGGGCAUCCUGACUGUGCUGGCCAGCCUCUCACAGGACAGCUCUGGAGCCUUCCUCGACUGGGAAGGGAACAGCCUGCCCUGGUGAUGGACAAAUGGACGGCACCUCUUGCCCACGCUGCUGCUUCUGCCUGCUGGCUCAUCACUCUGCAUAGUCACCCCUGCUCACCCUCAGCCCUCCCCACACUACCAGGGAGAGGGAAUCGGCCUCUCUCUCCUUUUCCAUGCCAUGUGUUCCCUGUGGUCCCUUUGUACCCCCAUCUAUAUAAACUCUGGCAGCUGGUGCCUCUCUGCUCUGUCUCCACAUCCAGUCACAAACCCCUCGCCCCGGCCCCGGGCAGGAUCCCUGUGCUCUGCCCAAGCAAUGUGUGUCCCUCUGUCCCAGCUGUGACCAGGCAUACCCCAGCUGAGGGGAGAGGGGAGCUGGUCCCUGGGACCCCCAGCCCCUCAGGCAGCUCAGCCUGGGCAAGGGAAAACCAGAUGUGCAGGGGCUCAAAGAUCUCUUUCCUCUCAGGAGAGGGGCCCUGCUCCAGUUUCUCCAGUGCCUCCUGGAGGGGAGGUCUCCAGAGAGCAGUCACAGUGCCACAGGACACUCAUGGGGAUCCAAGUGACAGCCAUGGAU